AUGGAGGGCUGGCGGUCGCGGCGGGUCACACAAUACAGCGGCAGGACAUUCCCAGCGGGCCCUAGAGGGGGCGCUGUGCUGGCCAUGCUGGGCUGCUGGGUGUUAGCUGUCGCUGCCACCGUGUGCCAAGGCCAGACCACCUUCACCAGCUUCCACCCAGAGCGCCGGGAGUGGGCCUUCAACCAUCUGACGGUCCACCAGACAACGGGGGCGCUCUACAUCGGAGCAGUCAACCGUGUCUACAAGCUAUCAGGCAACCUGACCCUGAUGGUGUCCCACGACACAGGCCCCGAGGAUGAUAACAAGGCCUGCUACCCACCCCUCAUCGUCCAGCCCUGCUCUGAACCCCUGACCUCCACUAACAACGUCAACAAGCUGCUCCUCAUAGACUACAGCCAGAACCGCCUGUUGGCCUGCGGUAGCCUCUACCAGGGAGUCUGUAAACUCCUUCGUCUGGACGACCUGUUUAUCCUAGUGGAGCCAUCCCAUAAGAAAGAGCACUACCUCUCCAGCGUCAACCAGACAGGCACCAUGUACGGGGUCAUCGUGCCCUCCCAUGGCCAGGACGGGACUCUCUUCAUCGGGACGGCAGUAGACGGCAAGCAGGACUACUUCCCUACCAUUUCUAGCCGUAAGCUGCCACGCGACCCAGAGUCCUCAGCCAUGCUAGACUACGAGCUCCACACGGACUUCGUUUCAUCUCUGAUAAAGAUCCCGUCAGACACGCUGGCGCUGGUGUACCACUUCGACAUCUACUAUGUGUACGGCUUCGCCAGCGGAUCCUUCGUCUAUUUCCUGACCGUCCAGCCCGAGACACCGGAGAACAGCAUGUCAUCAGGUGGAUCCUCCAACGAUCUCUUCUACACCUCGCGCAUCGUACGCCUCUGCAAGGACGACCACAAGUUCCACUCGUACGUCUCCUUACCCGUGGGCUGCGUGAGGAACGGCGUGGAGUACCGUCUCCUGCAGGCCGCCUACCUAGCCAAGCCGGGCCGCGUGCUGGCCGCCUCGCUGAACAUCAGUGCUACGGACGACGUGCUCUUCACCGUGUUCUCCAAGGGCCAGAAGCAGUACCACCAGCCGCCAGAUGACUCGGCGGCUCUGCGUGUUCACCAUCAAGGACAUCAACGCCCGCAUCAAGGAGCGCCUGCAGUCCUGCUACCAGGGAGAGGGCAACCUGGAGCUCAACUGGCUUCUGGGGAAAGACGUGCAGUGCACUAAAGCGGUGAGUUACAGAGGAGACGCACGCAAGGAUGCAUGCAUGCACACACACACACACACACACACUGCUGGGGAAGCACAUGCAGUGCACCAAGACGGUGAGUUGAAUAAGACCCUUUCAGAGGUUACAGAAUUACAGAGAAACGCAUACUGUAAAUAGUGCAUGGUUCAAACACAUACUGUAAAUAGUGCAUAGUUCAAACACAUACUGUAAAUAGUGCAUAGUUCAAACACACAUACUGUAAAUAGUGCAUAGUUCAAACACAUACUGUAAAUGUGCUAGUUCAAAACAUACUGUAAAUAGUGCAUAGUUCAAACACACAUACGUAAAUAGUGCAUAGUUCAAACACAUACUGUAAAUAGUGCAUAGUUCAAACCAUACUGUAAAUGUGCAUAGUUCAAACUACAUACUGAAGUAGUGCAUAGUUCAAACCACUACUUUAAAUAGUGCAUAGUUCAAACACAUACUGUAAAUAGUGCAUAGUCAAAUACAUACUGUAAAUAGUGCAUAGUUCAACACAUACUGUAAAUAGUGCAUAGUUCAAACACAUACUGUAAAUAGUGCAUAGUUCAAACACACAUACUGUAAAUAGUGCAUAGUUCAAACUAACAUACUGUAAAUAGUGCAUAGUUCAAACUAACAUACUGUAAAUAGUGCAUAGUUCAAAACAUACUGUAAAUAGUGACAUAGUUCAAACACAUACUGUAAAUAGUGCAUAGUUCAACACACAUACUGUAAAUAGUGCAUAGUUCAAACUAACAUACUGUAAAUAGUGCAUAGUUCAAACACAUACUGUAAAUAGUGCAUAGUUCAAACACAUACUGUAAAUAGUGCAUAGUUCAAACAUACUGUAAAUAGUGACUAGUUUCAAACACAUACUGUAAAUAGUGCAUAGUUCAAACACAUACUGUAAAUAGUGCAUAGUUCAAACACAAUACUGUAAGUAGUGCAUAGUUCAAACACAUACUGUAAAUAGUGCAUAGUUCAAACACAUACUGUAAAUAGUGCAUAGUUCAAACAACAUACUGUAAAUAGUGCAUAGUUCAAACACAUACUGUAAAUAGUGCAUAGUUCAAACACAUACUGUAAAUAGUGCAUAGUUCAAACACAUACUGUAAAUAGUGCAUAGUUCAAACACAUACUGUAAAUAGUGCAUAGUUCAAACACACAUACUGUAAAUAGUGCAUAGUUCAAACACACAUACUGUAAAUAGUGCAUAGUUCAAACACACAUACUGUAAAUAGUGCAUAGUUCAAACACCAUACUGUAAAUAGUGCAUAGUUCAAACACUACGUAAUAGGCAUAGUCAAAACACAUACUGUAAAUAGUGCAUAGUUCAAACACAUACUGUAAAUAGUGCAUAGUUCAAACUAACAUAUUGUAAAUAGUGCAUAGUUCAAACACAUACUGUAAAUAGUGCAUAGUUCAAACACAUACUGUAAAUAGUGCAUAGUUCAAACUAACAUAUUGUAAAUAGUGCAUAGUUCAAAACACAUACUGUAAAUAGUGCAUAGUUCAAACACACAUACAGUAAAUAGUGCAUAGUUCAAACUCACAUACUGUAAGUAGUGCAUAGUUCAAACUCACAUACUGUAAGUAGUGCAUAGUUCAAACACAUACUGUAAAUAGUGCAUAUUUCCCUCUCUGUAAUCAUACAAUGUCCAUUUUGGCUCAGUAGAGUCAUGGUAUGUUACCAUUUCUACAGAGAACAAUGUACAAUAGUGCUAGACUCAUCUUACACAGUGCAAGUCCAAGGCUAUUGUAGAUAUUAAUACAGUGAAACCAAACCAGACAUCAUUAUUCAGCCUCUGUUUCCAUUCACACCUCAACUUUCACUUACCAAGAAGCAGACAGCUCCCUUCCACUGGGAGUUCUCAUCAGCCUCAGUUCAAUGUAGAAAGCCAGCAGAAUAAUUCAUUUACAUUUUACACUGACUGUAGUCUACUGAGGUUACCGCUGGUAAUAGCUUACAGAGCCAUUCCUCAGCUAAACUCAGCUCUAAUAGCAUGUGUACCAGUCUGUUUGUGCUAACAUUCCACUCCUUGCCACUCCAUAGUUGGCAUAUUACACGGAGUACAAGGAGUGGAAUGUUAGCACAAAACAAGUCUGGAUUUCAGGCUACAGCUCUAAUGUUUCCUCUAGACAUUAAACAACAGGGAAGCAACCACAGCUCACCAAUGACCCUAGAAACCACAAGGUUGAGUCUGAGAGGAACUAUGGUGGAUGCACACAGUCAAAAUAAUAACAAACACAGCAAUCAAGAUAACUGCCUUUGACUGCUCUACUUUGCAGGGAUACAACAUUUCCCUUUAUCAUAUCAUUCUCACACUACGUGUAAUUAGGAUGAAUUGUUUUGCAGCUCCGGGGAGCAGAACAGGCACAUUAAAGACUAUCUGAAUGACUGAGAAAUAUUCACAAAUUAAGGAGGGGAUUUAUUUUCCUUGGCAACCACCAAAGUGAUUAUAUUCUACUCCAAUGCAAUCCAAAUAAACACUCUUUGCCCUCGAAGAUGGGGAGGGAGAAGGGGGAGGAGAUGGGGAGAAAGAGAGCAGACGAGAGAGAGCGCGAGAGGGAGGGAAAGAAAGAGAGAAGGCAAGCUCAUUUAGUGUGCCAGCAGCCAGAUCACAAGCCAUCCCCUCCUCUCUGAAAUCCCUGUUCUCUAAUACGAAGCCACAUAUCUACAGUAGCAUCUUGUCAGCCACAGUUCUGUUUCCUUAUUUUAAUUCAGUCCCACAAGGCGUCUGUCCUGCCUGCUCCUCCAUGUCUUUGGUCUUUAAUUGCUAAUAUGAAUUAAAAGGGGAAUUAUGAACACUAAUGACUAUAGGCCUAAGUGUUUAGUCUCUACGACAUGUAGGGUGUACAUGUCUGUGUGCGAAGACUAUAGGCUAGGCAUGCUUGUUAGUGAUUGCCUUCGAGUGCAAGUGUCUCAUUUCGAAAGUGUGUGUGUGUGUCUUUUGUGUGUCUUCUGUGAGUCUGUGUUUAUGUUAAUGACUGUAUGUAGUGUAUGUGUGGGCCGGGGGAUGGGUUUGGGGUAUACAGAGGAUUAUAUAUUUUUUGACUUAUUAAUGAUAUCCCCGGCGAGAUCAGAAGUGUGUGGUUGCCUUUGUACUAGUCCCCCCGGGGCACUCUAUUGACCGCUUUUAUUAACAUCACUAAAUUCCCCAUUAGUGCAAUGUCAGAGGUGAUUGUCAGGCGGAGGGAGACGUUAUCUGGGGUCUGCACUGUUCGGUUUCAUUAGCACCACAGAGAGAGAGAGAGAGAGAUAGAGGGAGGGUGAGAGAGGGAGGGAGGGGGAGAGGGAGGGAGGGGGAGAGAGCGAAGGAGGGGGAGAGAGCGAAGGAGGGGGAGAGAGGGAGGGAGAGAGAGAGCGAAGUGGGGAAGGGAGAUAGGGAAGGAGGGAGAGAGAGAGAGAGAGAGAGAGAGAGAGAGAGAGAGAGAGAGAGAGAGAGAGAGAGAGAGAGAGAGAGAGGGGAGGAUGUAAAGGCUUUCACUCUCUCACCGUGGGAGUCAGAUCAGAUCUACUAUAGCCUCUCUAGUCCUCAGGGCCCAGUUUUUCAAAAGUUAUCUAUCUGGAUUUCACUUACCGGAUAGGAUUAAAUGUAUAGUCCCCAUUCAAGUCAAUGAGUCCCCAUUCAAGUCAAUGAUUUGUCCAUUCUAUUCAUUAUAUUUCUAUUUAAUCCUAUCCGGUAGGUGAAAUCCAGAUAGAUAACAUUUGAAAAGCUGGGCCCAGGAGAAUCUGCUUUCAGCCCCCAGUGGGACCAUCAUCACUACCUAGACCUCCUAUACCAUUCUCUCCUAUCUCUUUCAGUUCAGCAGCCCUCAUUAAGAAUGUUCCUUAAGUACUCCGAGCUGCAUUCCAUAGUAUUAACCCUCCUCUCCUCUGUUCUCUGCUAGCCAAGGAAAUGUGUCUAGUGGCUAGCCCAGCAGAUAAAGAGAUGUAGCAUGUAAAUACUAUUUCUUGCUGUCUGUCAAUGACUGGUCAAUGAAUCAAUGGUGUUUAAUGGAUUAUGCAGAUAGACGUCAACAGAUGAAGAACUCUGAAAGCCCAUACACAUUACACCCCAACAGCUGCAUAUGUCCUCUGGUAUGCUAACCUUGACUGUGUUUUCUUUCAAUCUCCCUCAAGCGGCAUGGUUGUUUUUCUAAUAGAGGCUUGAGGUUCUAUGCACAGCUACUUUCCUAAAGGGAAAAUAAAUAAAUGUUCUCAAUACACUAGUCCUGAAUGUUAAAAUAAACUCUUGUAGCGAAAAUGUAUUGAAAAAAAAAACUUUACGUGAAGGUCAGACUUGGUCUAUACUGUCUGGAAGCUCACAGUCAUACCACGCCUUCCUGUGUAUGUGGAGUAACACUGAUGGGGCUCACAUAUUCAGCUGGUGUCACUCUCUCUUUCUCUCUCCAUGGUCAUUGGCUACUCAACCAUACUCACAAGCAUGUGUGUCUAAAUAGGAGGGUCCACUAUUGAUCCUGACGGUCUCCUGAGAUGGAGAUGAACCCGUGUCCACAUCCAUGUCACCUAGCUAGGGCUUCCCAUAGUGUAGUAAUGGGAAUUAGAGGUCAGGAGGUUGAGGGGGACCGUGUGAAAGGCUAAUCAGACACUUAUUGUUCACAUCAGUGUCCACACAUCUGAUUCUGCUUUAGGAAGUUUAACUAUGUUUAACUGUGAAUGUAACCUUCACUUUACUAUCAACAUUGUUUGCAUUUGAGACAUAAUCUUGUAUAAAAAAUAUCACCAUAAUAGUAGACAAGCCUGAACAAAUCUGAAGUUCAGACAUGGAUAUACCACCCUCCCCCUGUCCAUUUGAUCUGCUAUGUGAUUCUUAAAUAUCGAUUAAUGCCACCAGUCAUUGGGGUAUUCUAUUUAUAGAGCACAACUCUGGCAAUGAUAAUCAAUGUUGUUAGCACCAGAUUAAUCCCAGAGUGAAAUAAUUUACUGCUAUAAACCAGGAAUGGGCAACUGGUGGCCUGGCCCCACUUUUGUAGGCCCACGGACCAAUUUCCCCAAAAUGAAAUACAAAUAAUAAUAUAUACUGUAGUGCCGUGAAAAUGUAUUUGUCCUCUUUCUAAUUUUCUCUACUUUUGCAUAUUUUUGAUACUGAAUGUUAUCAGAUCUUCAACCAAAACCUUAUAUUAGAUAAAGGGAACCUGAGUGAACAAAUAACACAACAAUUACAUAAUUAUUUCAUUUAUGCAACACUUUUGCUAUUUUAAUUUUUUAAUUUUUAACUUAUCUAUUAACACUUGUUUUUUGUUUUUUUUGUUUUGUUUUUGUUUUUAAAUAAAAAACUGGUUUGUUGGUUAAGGGCUUGUAAGUAAGCAUUUCACUGUAAUGUUGUAUUCAGCGCAUGUGGCGAAUACAAUUUGAUUUGAUUUCAACACCCAAUGCCCCUGUGUGAAAAAGUAAUUGCACACUUACACUCAAUAAUAUCUCAAUUGGAAUUAGGUCUGGACUUUGACUAGGCCAUUCUCAAACUUCAAAUUUGUUGCUAUUUAGCCAUUUUCAUGUAGACUUGAUUGUGUGUUUUGGAUCAUUGUCUUGCUGCAUGACCCAGCUGAGCUUCAGCUUCUGCUGAAAACAAAACGCAAACAGGUUUUUAGAAAUGUUUGCUAAUUUAUUAAAUAUAAAUAUAAAAAACAGAAAUACCUUAUUUACUGUACAUAAGUAUUCAGACCCUCUGCUAUGAGACUCGAAAUUGAGCUCAAGUGCGUCCUGUUUCCAUUGAUCAUCCUUGAGAUGUUUCUACAACUUGAUUGGAGUCCACCUGUGGUAAAUUCAAUUGAUUGGACAUGAUUUGGAAAGGCACACACCUGUCUAUAUAAGGUCCCACAGUUGACAGUGCAUGUCAGAGCAAAAACCAAGCCAUGAGGUCGAAGGAAUUGUCCGUAGAGCUCCGAGCCACAGGUGUGGUGAAGGGUACCAAAAAAUGUCUGCAGCAUUGAAGGUCCCAAAGAACACAGUGGCCUCCAUCAUUCUUAAAUGGAAGAAGUUUGGAACCACCAAGCCUCUUCCUAGAGCUGGCCGAACUGAGCAAUCGGGGGAGAAGGGCCUUAGUCAGGGAGGUGACCAAGAACCCGAUGGUCAUUCUGACAGAGCUCCAGAGUUCCUCUGUGGAGAUGGGAAAACCUUCCAGAAGGACAACCAUCUCUGCAGCACACCACCAAUCAGGCCUUUAUGGCUAGACGGAAGCCACUCCUCAGUAAAAGGCACAUGACAGCCCGCUUGGAGUUUGCCAAAAGGCAUCUAAAGGACAGACCAUGAAAAACAAGAUUCUCUGGUCUGAUGAAUCCAAGAUUGUCCUGAAUACCAAGCGUCACGUCUGGAGGAAACCUGGCACCAUCUCUACGGUGAAGCAUGGUGGUAGCAGCAUCAUGCUGUGGUGAUGUUUUUCAGCGGCAGAGACUGGGAGACUAGUCAGGAUCGAGGGAAAGAUGAACGGAGGAUUGAGGGAAAGAUGAACGGAACAAAGUACAGAUAGAUCCUUGAUGAAAACCUGCUCCAGAGCACUCAGGACCUCAGACUGGAGCGAAGGUUCACCUUCCAACAGGACAACAAUCCUAAGUACACAGCCAAGACAGGAGUGGCUUGCAGGAGUGGCUUCGGGACAAGUCUCUGAAUGUCCUUGAGUGGCCCAUCCAGAGCCCGGACUUGAACCCGAUUGAACAUCUCUGGAGAGACCUGAAAAUAGCUGUGCAGCGACGCUCCCCAUCCAACCUGACAGAGCUUGAGAGGAUCUGCAGAGAAGAAUACAGGUGUGCCAAACGUGUAGCGUCAUACCCAAGAAGACUCAAGGCUGUAAUCGCUGCCAAAGGUGCUUCAACAAGGUACUGAGUAAAGGGUCUGAAUACUUAUGUAAAUAUGAUAUUUCCGUUUUUUAUUUGUAAUACAUUUGCAAAGGAAUCUAAAAACCUGUGUUUGCUUUGUCAUUAUGGGGAAUUGUGUGUACAAUAAGGCUGUAAUGUAACAAAAUGUGGAAAAAGUCAAGGGGUCUGAAUACUUUCCAAAUGCACUUUAUACACUGAGUAUACCAAACAUUAGGAACACCUUCCUAAUAUUGAGUUGCACCCCCCCUUUUGCCCUCAGAACAGCCUCAAUUCGUCAGGGCAUGGACUCUACAAGGUGUCGAAAGCAUUCUACAAGGAUGCUGGCCCAUGUUGAAUCUAAUGCUUCCCACAGUUGUGUCAAGUUGACUGGAUGUCCUUUGGGUGGUGGAACAUUCUUGAUACACACGGGAAACUGUUGAGCGUGAAAAACCCAGCAGCUUUGCAGUUCUUGACACAAACCAGUUCGCCUGGUACCUUCUAACAUACCCAGUUCAAAGGCACUUAAAUCUUUUGUUUUGCCCAUUCACCCUCUGAAUGGCACACAUACACAAUCCAUGUCUCAGUUAUCUCAAGGCUUAACAAUCCUUCUUUAACCUGUCUCCUCCCCUUCAUCUACACUGAUUGAAGUGGAUUUAACAAGUGACAUCAAUAAGGGAUCAAAGCGUUCACCUGGAUUCACCUGGUCAGUCUAUGUCAUGGAAAGAGCAGGUGUUCGUAAUGUUUUGUAUGAUGAUGAGUUCAGAUUUUUUGUGUCCCACAUCCCUAUUAAAGUUGCCCAUCCCUGGUAUAUAGACCAUAAACAAUAAACCCCCACAAUCCAUAGUAAGGUGCUUUUGGAAAACACGACUACAUGAGAUCCAAAGGGAUUUAGGUUUGCAGCCAAACCUACAUCAUCCAAACAAUUUAGAUAUAAUCAGAACCAAAUGCUCAGACUGAGACUCCUUGGAACAGAUGCAAAGUCUGUGUCGGUCUGUACAUGCCAUUGGUGUCUGCGGGAGUAGUUAUUGAUAAGUUAGUGUCUGACACAGUCACACACGCUAGUUUCUCAGGCUUCUUUUUAUAGCUCCCACUGUAGAUCGCUCAUCUGAUUCAGACUGUUUCUCUCUGUCUGUGACAGACACAGAUCCCUAGAUAAGGCCACUCCACGGCACGCAGAAACAGAAACCAGCUCUAAUCAUUUUAGACAUGUUCUACCUUCCCCGUUUAAGAGACAUAAGCACAGCUAAUCACAGGCAUUUAGCUGCCUUUUUCCUGCUUAGCUCCUGUAUCACAGUGGAGUGGGCCUACUAUCUAUCUCUCCAUCCCCUCCAUCCAUGCUAUUUUGGGAGCUGUGAAUAAAAGGAAAUGGUGUUGGUUAUGCUGGGACUGAGAGGGCGCGCCUACGAGGCUGAGGCGUUUAUGCCCAUCAGCGUUAUUGCUUUUCGCUCCGCUCAUGGAAAGCAGAGGUGGUUGUAAAGGUUUUACGAGUGUAGCGUUGUGUAGUGCAGCGAGGGAGGACGGGUCCUGGGGCUGUAGUGGCUGUGUGUCAGUGAUCAGUGUGGCUGUCCCCGGCCCUGAUCUGUAAUAACACACACACACACACACAUACACACACACACACAUACACACACACUGUCAGUGAUCAUUGUGCCCUGGCCUGCCUGCCUGUCUGUCUGUCUGUCUGUCUGCCCUGAUAUCUCUGAAUGAUGCUCCUCCCAGCCCCAGCCCUCUCCUGGCCAUCUCAUUUACUCUAUAUGGCACUUUGAGGCCACCAUCCCUCCUCCACUGUCACCGCCACUCACACUCUGGCCUGACCUGGAUCACCACCACAGCCUAGCCCCUCCCUCCUCUGAUUCCAUUCCCAACUAAGGAGAGUUUGAAAUAUUUUGAUGGCACCGUCGGGAUUCUGCGUAGUUUCUUAUAUUUCUGUAGAGAAGGAGAUUUUAUCAGUCAUUUUGACAGGUCAUUUUUCUCUUGGAUGGGCGAAAGUCAGGUCACAAGUCAGAUUCUCUAGUUAUUGUUUACCUGUCCAUUCCAUUCCAUCACUGUACAGAGUAGAGAAGCUCUGUAUGGUAGAAGUUAGCAUGCUCUCCUCCUCUUGCCCUGAAGUUAUCAUAUACCUGUGUGAUGAGGCAGGGUGAGUGCAAGGUGGGGCUCGGUCAAGCACAGCAGAGACAUGUCUACCAAGUGGAACAGAAAGGCAGCAGAACGUCUGUCUGGUAGGCUACAGCAGGAUUCACUAGUAUAACACCUCCACCUCUCUCUGAUCCUACUCUCUCUCUCUUCAUAGAACCCUCACUCUCUCACCCUUUGACCCUGCCUCUCUCUAUAGUAUCUCUUUCUCCCUCCCUCCCUCCCUCCCUCCCUCCCUCCCUCCCUCCCCAUAUCUAACCCCUUCUCUCUCUCCUCUCUCUCUUCCAGCCGGUGCCCAUCGAUGACUCGUUCUGUGGUUUGGACAUCAACCAGCCCCUUGGCGGCUCUCAGCUGGUGACAGGACACACUCUCUACACAGAGACACGGGACCGCAUGACCUCUGUCACCUCCUACGUCUACAACGGAUACUGCGUAGCCUUCGUCGGCACCAAGAGCGGACGCCUCAAAAAGGUCAGUUACCAUUACUGGCAGUUAUGGUCAGUUACCAUCAGUUAUCGUCAGCCACAGCUUGGACUUCUAAAAUACUGACUUACCUAGGGACAUCGCUCUUUAGGGAGCAUAGGCCAUCGAUGACGCCUCUCAAUUGCACUCUGUUCUGUGCAGUCUUCUCCAGCUCAUUCAGCUAUUGAAAAAGUCCUCUAGCUAUUCUCGUCUCCCAGUUCAAGUUCAAGGUUCAUUUAAAGUGAUUGUGAAGCACUUCAUCACUGUUGAAGCCGUGGCCUCUGGAGACUGAGCAGGCUGUCUGUCCACUAACUGGUCCUCAGACACUGAAGUGGUAGUAUUCUAUUCAAGGGACUGAAUGGAUGGAGCACAUUAUGGUGGUGAGGAGAAGAUAAACCUUUCUCCUCCAUAUUUAAUGCUUCUGGUCCUGUGACAGUUGGGCAGGUGGGCAGGGGUGUAGGGUGGCAGGGUGUGUGUGUGUGUGGGGGGGUGUCGUUCCUCUGUAGUGCUAAUUAUGUUCCCCUUGUGGAAUGAGCUCUGCCCGUGGUGGCCGUGCUGAAUAACCUCCACCGGCCCAUUAAUUUUAAUAGGCACCUAUCUCCCUGAGACACAGAGAGAGGGGAGGCUAGAGAGAGCAGGCCCACACAAACUCCGACCUGCAGUCUCUGCUGGAGCAAACAGACAAUGAUGUCGGUUAAAGCUACAGUCUGGGAUUUGAAAAAAAUAGAAUUUAAAUGACAAUUGAAUAGAUUCCCAGAUCUUAGACUGUAGCUUUAAGGGCAGACAGUCCUCAAAUGUCACAUUUCACCCCACCGCCACCAAAACAAAGCAGCAUAAAGAGCACCUACUGUAGUGGCUCAGGUGGCUAUUAUGCAUGGUUAGAUUUGAAUGAUGAUGGAGAAAGUGGAGCGUGUUGCGUGGUGGGAGAAGUUGGCAAAUUCAUCAUAAUACAAUUGUUAACCUGGUAUUACACAGUCAGGGCUUUUUGGGUAUUGAAGUGCGGUGACAGCCAAAUUAUGUAUGUGUAAUCUAGAAGAGCUCCCUGUGUUUACAGCUGUUGAGGCUGCCUUGCUGACAGGGUCGUAAUUUCAGCUAAACCUAGGGUAUGGCAAUGUGACAGGGGGAGAGUUCCCCCCCCUCCAAGGAAUUUGUAGAAAAUGUAACUUUUUGGUAAAAACUCAACUCGUCGUGUUUGGAGGACAAAGAAUGCUGAGUUGCAUCCAAAGAACAACAUACCUACUGUGAAGCAUGGGGGUGGAAACAUCAUGCUUUGGGGCUGUUUUUCUGCAAAGGGACCAGGACGACUGAUCCGUGUAAAGGAAAGAAUGAAUGGGGCCAUGUAUCGUGAGAUUUUGAGUGAAAACCUCCUUCCAUCAGCAAGGGCAUUGAAGAUGAAACAUGGCUGGGUCUUUCAGCAUGACAAUGAUCCCAAACACACCGACCGGGCAACGAAGGAGUGGCUUCGUAAGAAGCAUUUCAAGGUCCUGGAGUGGCCUAACCAGUCUCCAGAUCUCAACCCCAUAGAAAAUCUUUGGAGGGAGUUGAAAGUCCGUGUUGCCCAGCGACAGCCCCAAAACAUCACUGCUCUAGAGGAGAUCUGCAUGGAGGAAUGGGCCAAAAUACCAGCAACAGUGUGUGAAAACCUUGUGAAGACUUACAGAAAACGUUUGACCUGUGUCAUUGCCAACAAAGGGUAUAUAACAAAGUAUUGAGAAACUUUUGUUAUUGACCAAAUACUUAUUUUCCACCAUCAUUUGCAAAUAAAUUCAUUAAAAUCCUACAAUGUGAUUUUCUGGAGAAAAAAAAUCUCAUUUUGUCUGUCAUAGUUGACGUGUACCUAUGAUGAAAAUUACAGGCCUCUCUCAUCUUUUUAAGUGGGAGAACUUGCACAAUUGGUGGCUGACUAAAUACUUCCCCCCCCCACUGUACAGUAUGUGUCUUCUCUUCACAUCCUCUCCCAGUCUCCAUGUAUGACAAUGCCACGCAAAGUGAACCAUCAUGGCUGCCUGGCUGUCUGGUGCUGGUACCGUCAUCUCCUCUCUCACAUCCACAGCAUCAUGACUGUUACCACAGUAACCAUAGCAUGGAUGAGGAUUUAUCCAGGAUAUCAGGAGGCACAGCGAGAGACACAGCUCCACCGUCCACUGCCUUACUGCCUGGCUGGCUGGUUCACUGGCUGCCUGACUGGGAGAGAAAAUCCUGGAAGCCUGUAUGUUCAGCCUGUUCAAGCAUGGAGUCUGAUCCAUUCAUGACAAAGAGAGAGGGGAGAGGAUGAGGCUGCUUGGUAGCGUGUGGUGGCUGUGUGUUUAGGGGGUUACCCCCACCCUAGUGCUAAGCGAUUAGUGCUUUUUGAGGUCGGUUCGGUUUCGGUUCGAUUAUAAAAAAAGAAACAUGCAUGAUGUGGGUUGAAUGCUGUAACAACGCAGAAUAAAACAAUUGAUAAAAGUCCCAUCAUGGUAGUGACUGCCCAUUACUGCUUAUCACUUAUUAACCAUCAGUUAUUCACAUUACUUUACUUUAAUAAAAUGUUGUUUUGCAUAUUACAUUUGUUUUAUUUGAUGACUUUAUUAUUUAAUUCCAAGUCAUCAUCUCAUCUCUAUAGAGCUGCUGCCUAUGCUGUCUGACAAAUGUACUAUUUUGUAGUUCUUCAAAGUAAAUAAGGCAUACUUUUAAUGACUGCUGAAUACCAACUAUCAGUCACUUAGAUCAUGUAUUUUCAGGUAGUAAUACCUUGCGAAGCAACAGCUGCUCUCUAUAUAACCUCACGAUAGCGCACUCUUCUCUCUUCCAUAGUAGCAGUCGUAAAAGCAACACAGACCGGACAAGUAGAUGCGGAAUGGAUUAUGUUCAUUUAAGUUAAUUACCAUGUUUUAUGUGCUAAACUAAGUAGAAUAUUGGCCUGUUGGAACUCCCUACUACAUCGCACAGUUCAGGCUGGAUCUGAUUAAUCUCUUGAGAAAUUGUGCGAUGUGUGCAUUGAGCUCACAGAAAGAAAAUAAAGAACAAAAUGGAAUUUAAAUAAUUUAACCGACAUCGGUCAAUUUGUUGUUUAAAAACCGAAAAAUAACCUACAUUUCUGUUAAUCGCUCAGCACUACUCCACCCUUGUGUGUCGCCCAGGCGGGAGGCAUGGAGGACCUGAGGAGAGGAUCGCUAGUCCCUGCCCCAGCCCCAGCCUCCCAGUCCCAGCCCCUGCUCUCUUCCACUGCAGUCCCAGCCCCUGCUCUGCUUUUUCCCACUGCAGCAGGCUGAUAAGCUGUUGCCAGACAGGCCAUGGGGACCAGUGCACAGCACUACAUAGCAGGACAGGGCUAUAGGUUUGCAGGAUGUUAUGUAUGGUAGGUGAGGUGAUACAGCAUAGCAGUGCUGGAGCCUCAUCCUUGCAUAAGGAAGCUGGCAUUCCACUGCAUUCCCCUCCCCCAGAUCAGAGAGUGAGAGAGGGAGGUAGAGGAAGAGUGAGAGAGGGAGGUAGAGAGAGAGCGAGAGAGAGAGAGAGGGAGGUAGAGGAAGAGUGAGAGGGAGAGAAGAGGAAGGGGAGAGGAGAGGAGGAGAAAGAGACUUUAGUGCAGCUGAACCAGGAACCAGGGCUCGUCUGCACCGCUGCCUGUAAUUGGAUUGGCUUCCUUCCCAAAGAACCCCCUCCCCCUGACACAUACACACACACACCUUCCUUCACCGCUUCCCCAUUCAAUCCACACAUCCCCCCCCCCCCCCCCCCCCCCUCUCUCUUUGCUUCCCUCUCUCCCUAUAGAAUAGAUCCUGCUGUUUAUGUAGCUAUUUCCUGGGCUGUGGUGGAGCAUGGCGAAGGGACGCCGGCUAGGAUAGUGAUGGUGGAUUGUGCUACUGGUGUGGUGGCAGGCAGGUGUUAGUUGGGGGCAAGAUGGAAGGACAGGGGUUAAAAGGUGGUGGUAGUGGGGGGGGGGGACGACAUUAAAGACAAAAUACUUUACAAUUUACAUACAUUUAAAACAUUAACAUGUAGUAUGUGUGUGUGCAUCUAUCAGUUACACAUACAUGUCAGUACAUACACAUAACAAGGAGGUCACAUGGGGAGAGGCGUUGUGCCGUGAGGUGUUGCUUUAAGUGUUUUUUGAAACCAGGUUUGCUGUUCACUUGCGCUAUAUAAGAUGGAAGGGAGUUCCAUGCACUCAUGGCUCUGUAUAAUACUGUAAGUUUCCUUGAAUUUGUUCUGGACCUGUGGCCUGUGAAAAGACCACUGGUGACAUGUCUGGUGAGGUAAGUGUGUGUGUCAGUGAUGUGUGUAAGUUGACUAUGCAAACAAUAUGGAAUUUCCAACACAUUAAUGUUUCUUAUAAAAACAAGAAGUGACGCAGUCAAUCUUUCCUCAAGUCUUAGCCAAGAGAGACUGGCAUGCAUAGUAUUAAUAUUAGCCCUCUGAUUACAACAAAGAGCAAGACGUGCCACUCUGUUCUGGGCCAGCUGCAGCUUAAUUAGGUCUUUCUUUGCAGCACUUGACCAUAUGACUGGACAAUAAUCAAAAUAAGAUAAAACUAGAGCCUGCAGGACUUGCUUUGUGGAAUGUGGUGUCAAAAAAGCAGAGCAUCUCUUUAUUACGGACAGACCGUUCCCCAUCUUUACAACCAUUGAAUCUAUAUGUUUUGACCAUGACAGUUUACAAUCUAUGGUAACACCAAGUAAUUUAGUCUCCUCAACUUGUUCAACAGCCACACCAUUCAUUAGCAGAUUCAGCGGAGGUCUAGAACUUAGGGAAUGAUUUGUACCAACUACAAUGCUCUUAGUUUUAGAGAUGUUCAGGACCAGUUUAUUACUGGCCACCCAUACCAAAACUCUUUGUUAAGGGUUUCAGUGACUUCAUUAGCUGUGGUUGCUGAUGCGUAUAUGGUUGAAUCAUCAGCAUACAUGGACACACAUGCUUUGUUUAAUGCCAGUGGCAGGUCAUUGGUAAAAAUAGAAAAGAGUAAAGGGCCUAGAGCAUUGCCCUGUGGUACACCACACUUUACAUGUUUGACAUUAGAGAAGCUUCCAUUAAAUCUCAAACACAGGUUAUGGUCAAUAAUAUUAAAGGCUGCAUUGAAAUCUAACAGUACAUCUCCCACAAUAUUUUUAUUAUACAUUUCUUUCAACCAAUCAUCAGUCAUUUGUGUCAGUGCAGUAUGUUGAGUACCCUUCCCUAUAAGCAUGCUGAAAGUCUGUUGUUAAUUUGUUUACAGAGAAAUAGCAUUGUAUUUGGUCAAACACAAUUUUUUCAAACAGUUUGCUAAGAGCUGGCAGCAAGCUGAUAGGUCUGCUGUUAGAACCAGUAGGCCGCUUUACCACUCUUGGGUAGCGGAAUGACUUUGGCUUCCCUUCAGGCCUGAGGACAAAGACUUUCCUCUAGGCUCAGAUUAAUGAUAUGACAGAUAGGAAUGUCUAUAGAGUCAGCUACCAUCCUCAGUAGCUUUCCAUCUAAGUUGUCAAUGCAAGGAGGUUUGUCAUCCACCUCUCCCACACUAACUUCACAAAAUUCAAACUUGCAAUGCUUUUCUUUCAUUAUUUGUUUUUGUGUGCAUGAGUACAAUGGCUCACUGUUCGUAGUUGGCAUUUCCUGCCUAAGUUUGCCCACUUUGCCAAUGAAAUAAUCUUUAACAUAAUUGGCAACAUCAAGUAUUCGAAAGUUUUUAUAAUUGAUAUUGGCUUCAUAAUACAAUUUCUUCUUCUUUUUGUUGAGUUUAGUCACAUAAUUCCUCAAUUUGCAGUAAGUCAGCCAGUCAGAUGUGCAGCCAGACUUAUUAGCCACUCCUUUUGCCCCAUCUCUUUCAACCAUACAGUUGUUCAAUUCCUCAUCAAUCCAUGGAGCCUUAACAGUUGUAAAUAUCAGUUUCUUAACAGGUGCAUGUUUAUCAAUAAUUGGAAGAAGCAAUUUCAGAAAAUGCAUCAAGUGCAGCGUCUGGAUGCUCCUUAUUAAUCACAUCAGUCCAACAAAUAUUUUUAACAUGAUCCACAUACAGUGCAUUCGGAAAGUAUUCAGACCUCCACAUUUUGUUACAUUACAGCCUUAUUCUAAAAUUGAUUAAAUAUAAUUUUUUCUAAUCAAUCUACACACAAUACCCCAUAAUGACGAAGAAAAAACAGGUGUUUAGACAUUUUUUCUAAUGUAUUAAUAAUAAAAAAACUGAAAUAUCACAUUUACAUAAGUAUUCAGACCCUUUACCUUGUUGAAGCACCUUUUGCAGCGAUUACAUCCUUGAGUCUUCUUGGGUAUGACGCUACAAGCUUGGCACACCUGUAUUUGGGGAGUUUCUCCCAUUCUUCUCUGCAGAUCCUCUCAAGGUCUGUCAGGUUGGAUGGGGAGCGUCGUUGGACAGCUAUUUUCAGGUCUCUCCGGAGAUGUUUGAUCGGGUUCAAGUCCGGGCUCUGACUGGGCCACUCAAGGACAUUCAGAGACCACUACUGUGUUGUUUGGGCUGUGUGCUUAGGGUCAUUGUAAUUUUUUUGGAAGGUGAACCUUCACCCCAGUCUGAGGUCCUGAGUGGUCUGGAGCAGGUUUUUAUCAAGGAUCUCUCUUUACUUUGCUCCGUUCAUCUUUCCCUCGAUCCUCACUAGUCUCCCAGUCCCUGCCGCUGACAAACAUCCCCACAGCAGUGGAUGCUGCCACCACCAUGCUUCACCGUAGAGGCAUUCAGGUCAAAGAGUUCAAUCUUUGUUUCAUCAGACCAGAUAAUCUUGUUUCUCAUGGUCUGAGUGUCCUUUAGGUGCCUUUUGGCAAACUCCAAGCGGGCUGUCGUGCCUUUUACUGAGGAGUGGCUUCCGUCUGGCCACUCUACCAUUAAGGCCAAAUUGGUGGAGUGCUACACAGAUUGUUGUCCUUCUGGAAGGUUCUCCUAUCUCCACAGAGGAACUCUGGAGCUCUGUCAGAGUGACCAUCGGGUUCUUGGUCACCUCCCUGACCAAGGCCCUUCUCCCCCAAUUUCUCAGUUUGGCCGGGUGGCCAGCUCUAGGAAGAGUCUUGGUUGUUCCAAACUUCUUCCAUUUAAGAAUGAUGGAGGCCACUGUGUUCUGGGGACCUUCAAUGCUGCAGAAAUAAAUGUUUUGGUACCCUUCCCCAGAUCUGUGCCUCGACGCAAUCCUGUCUCGGAGCUCUACGGAGAAUUCCUUCGACCUCAUGGCUUGUUUUUUGCUCUGACAUGCACUGUCAACUGUGGGACCUUAUAUAGACAGGUGUGUGUCUUUCCAAAUCAUGUCCAAUCAAUUGAAUUUACCACAGGUGGACUCCAUUCAAGUUGUAGAAACAUCUCAAGGAUGAUCAAUGGAAACAGGAUGAACUUGAGCUCAAUUUCGAGUCUUAUAGAAAAGGGUCUGAAUACUUAUGUAAGUUAUUUCAGUUUUUUUUAUUUUUAAUACAUUUGCUAAAAUUUCUAUAAACCUGUUUUCGCUUUGUCAUUUUGGGGUAUUGUGUGUGGAUUGAUGAGGAAUAUAAUUAAUUUAAUAAAUGUUACAAUAAGGCUGUAAGUAACAAAAUUUAAAAAUAUAUAUAUAUAAUAAUGUGAUCAAUACAUGUGGAUGAUCUUGUUCCUGUGGUGUUUGUAAACACGCUGGUAGGUUAAUUAAUAACUUGAACCAGAUUACAGGCACUGGUUACAGUUAGAAGCUUCCUCCUGAGUGGACAGCUUGAUGAAAACCAGAGCUCCCUUUGAUAGCCAGGCAGGGAUGGAAGCAGAGGAACAUGUAGAAGGGAUGUUGAAAGAGACAGAAAAGACAACCCUGUUGAAUGGAGAGGUUAAAGAGCCCCCAGCAGAACACUCUUUCUCUCUGAGGGUCCAUCCCAGAACAGAGGAGAGAGGGAUGGAGAGGGGAACUGGGAAUACUAGCAAUGUAGGUUGGUUCCACAUCCCUGCUCCUUAGUACUGAGUCAGGGGUUAAGUAGUAUUGAGCCUGAGACCAAACGGAUAGAUUCCCUGGUGGAAUAUCAUAGGCCUAGUACUGCUUCUCACAUUACAGAGGUCUUCAGUUUGAUUCUUCUGGGUACAAUAAUUAACCAGUUGCAUUGGGAAAUAGCAUCAAGAUGUGCAGCCAAGCCAUAAUUGUUGCCCUUGAAGGCCCAUGCCAAUGAACUCCGUAAUGGUAGCUCCUACAGUUCUUCCCCAUGUUGUAGCUGACAGGACACACAGCAUGGUCUUUGUGUAAUAAUUCACCUUUCAAAGCAUCUCUACUACAGCAGUAAGUGAGGGAUGGAGAGUCUGGACCAGUAUGGACACUAGACCAUGCCUCAAGAGAUGGAGAACAGAGCAGUCUAACAACUCCAGCCAUGUGUAGAGUGCCUGCGUUUGUCCCAAUUCAUUAUUUUCAUCGCGCUCUGCUCUGUUGGAUAAUCAACAUUUGGUUCGGAUGGGUUCCUGGCACCAAAUGAGAACAGGGACAUUGUCCCAGCAUGAAAGGCUGGUUCAGGUGCGUCCCUCCCGACCCCCUUAUGGGUUGUGAGUGUGACAGGGGCAUAAAUUGGACAAAUUGAGCCAUUGUCCCAUUGAACUGGUUAACUGACACACCAUGCAUGACCACGGGCGCCCAGCCCACUCACCUGGUCACUGCCACAUCAUCUCUGUGACAGGGGGUUGUGGGAGUGAUGGGAUGGGGGUGAGGGGUGAGGGGACCGGGGUCCACAGUGGUGGGGCGCAGCUGAACGUGGCACACAAAGGGCCGGGGAGUUGAAAGGGAUGCGGAGGACAACACACAGAGGCAGCUGCUCUCUAGGACUAUUGGACUGGACUCCCUCACUUCUCCCCAUAGCAACUUGCAGGCAAUGCCUGUAUUGUCAAGCUGAACCGCCCCAGAUGUGACCUGUGUGUGUGUGUGCGUGUGUGUGUGUGUGUGUGUGCUUGGCUACCGAGCCAGCCUGGUCUGUGUUAUUACAUGCAUUAGAUUUCCUAACAGAGAGCAACAGGGUGAGGGAUCUUCGUGGUCCUGGGUCUGGUCUGUGUGUUUCAUAUCAGUCUCAGCCCAGGGUGUCAGCCAGCCCAGGGCCUGGUGGUUAGAGGUGAGGUGACCUGCUGGCCUGCUGUUUGUCCACCAUCAGCUGGACAGAUCCUCCUUUCUCCUCUCCUCUCCUCUCUGACCUCACCCUCUGUUCCCUCUGUUUGCUGUGACUCCCCUCUACUGUCACCUUAAUGAGGUAUACACCGAUGUAGACAGGUCUCAUGUGAGGUAGGAAGGGAUGGAGGGAGGCAGGGAAAGGGGGAGGGAGGUAGAGAGGGGGAGAGGGGGAGAGGGGGAGAGCGAAAGUGAGAUAAAGAGAGAGACAGAUAGAGAUGGAGAGAAAGUGGAUAAGAGAGAGAGGAUGAAAGAGAGAGAGAGAUAAAGAGCGAGACAGAGAGAGACAAAGAGAGACAGAGAAAGGGAGAGAGCAGAUAAGAGAGGAUGAGCGCGAGAGAGAAAAAGAGAGAGAGAGAGAUCCCUCCCUGUGCCAGGAGCUGCUGCAGCCAAACCAGCAUGGUGGAUGGUGUCCUUAGCAACAGCUGAGGCCCAUGGCAACGGUCUGAAUAGAGCCCAUCCUAUUCAGGAACGAUGCCUAGCUCUCAGCCCAGCAGGAGAGGUCCUACUGCAACCUGUCCACACACACACACACACACACACACACUGUGCCCUUAGGCACACAUACUGCACAUUUUACAAAUACGUUCUACAUUUUAUGUUGAUCAUUGUUAAUGUCUGAAUAUUAAUGUCUGACUUGAACUGACUUGAAAUAGACCAUUUCAGGUGAAAACGCUGGCAGUCCCAUAAUUUCUAAUAGGUAUAUUCCCAGUCUUCAUAAUAAUUCCUCUCUUCCUCUCUGAAUGUCUUUUAUAAUGGCAGUUGCAGCACUUUGUUUUCAUAUGUAAUGGUGGGGUUCAAUUAAUCCCUGUCGAACAAAUAAUUGCCUUGUUAAAUCAUUUGCUUUGUUUGGUUUGUGUGUUUUUUAUAAAUGAAAGAGUGUGACUGUCAAGCUAGAAAUGUAAAUGUCUGUCUGGGUGAAAUGACAGAGAACAGGAGCAAGGUGAGCAGUUGUACUGUAAAUGACAGCUGUCAAUAUCUCCCCCCAAAACCCCAAAUGUACGACUGGCUGGGUGAGAUUGCAGGCAUUCCUAAUCAUGUCACACUUAGCAAUCCAGCCACAAUUCACCCAGUGGCAAUAACAAGGAGAAUUGCCUGCAGAAAUUGGCAGCUGCAAGGAAAGAAAGCACACCUUCCUACCUUGCCGGGAAAGUGAAUCACCUUGGCACAAUUUCUCAUGGAAGGAGGGAGAGUUGAAGGUCUUUAAAUUACCACAUUUCAGAAGGGUUAGCUUAGCUUCCCAAAAAAUGAAAAAUUACUGUAGAACCCAAAGAUGACUACAACAUCCUAAGUGGAUAGCAGACGAAUAGCACUGUCAUUACCUGAUACUUCUCAGUCUCUUGUUGCCUGUUUGCCUCACCUCUCACAAAUCCCAGCAAACAGUUUUCCAGUUCUUUCAAGUGGUGAGGAGAUGAGCUCAGCAGGCAGAUUUGUAGAGGAGAGGUGUUCAGACAGCUCGGACGACGUGGCUCAAUGCCCUUAUGAAAACACCUAUUUCAUUACUCACAUUCAAAUAGCUCUCUUUCUCUUUCCCUCAAUCUGUUUCUCUCUGUUUAUUUUAAUUCCUUUCUCUUUUAUCCGCAAAUGACUUGAAGGAAAAAUUUAAAGCUAUGAUCAUCUAACAAAAAGAGAGAAAUACUCAUUACUAUUAUUAUGAUUACAGAUGGAUAGUGCUCAGUCCUUAAGACUGUAGAGAUAUAGGCUAGCUCUGCUAUAUGGCGUCUGUGCCAGUAUGGUAAACUAAACCCCAAAAGACUGAAUCACAUGUCGUAAACAUGUUGUGCUUCACUGAGUUAUAUAUUUAUAUAUAUAUAUACAGUGGGGAGAACAAGUAUUUGAUACACUGCCGAUUUUGCAGGUUUUCCUACUUACAAAGCAUGUAGAGGUCUGUACUUUUUAUCAUAGGUACACUUCAACUGUGAGAGAUGGAAUCUAAAACAAAAAUCCAGAAAAUCACAUUGUAUGAUUUUUAAGUAAUGAAUUUGCAUUUUAUUGCAUGACAUAAGUAUUUGAUCACCUACCAACCAGUAAGAAUUCCGGCUCUCACAGACCUGUUCGUUUUUCUUUAAGAAGCCCUCCUGUUCUCCACUCAUUACCUGUAUUAACUGCACCUGUUUGAACUCGUUACCUGUAUAAAAGACACCUGUCCACACACUCAAUCAAACAGACUCCAACCUCUCCACAAUGGCCAAGACCAGAGAGCUGUGCAAGGACAUCAGGGAUAAAAUUGUAGACCUGCACAAGGCUGGGAUGGGCUACAGGACAAUAGGCAAGCAGCUUGGUGAGAAGGCAACAACUGUUGGCGCAAUUAUUAGAAAAUGGAAGAAGUUCAAGAUGACGGUCAAUCACCCUCGGUCUGGGGCUCCAUGCAAGAUCUCACCUCGUGGGGCAUCAAUGAUCAUGAGGAAGGUGAGGGAUCAGCCCAGAACUACACGGCAGGACCUGGUCAAUGACCUGAAGAGAGCUGGGACCACAGUCUCAAAGAAAACCAUUAGUAACACACUACGCCGUCAUGGAUUAAAAUCCUGCAGCGCACGCAAGGUCCCCCUGCUCAAGCCAGCGCAUGUCCAGGCCCAUCUGAAGUUUGCCAAUGACCAUCUGGAUGAUCCAGAGGAGGAAUGGGAGAAGGUCAUGUGGUCUGAUGAGACAAAAAUAGAGCUUUUUGGUCUAAACUCCACUCGCUGUGUUUGGAGGAAGAAGAAGAAUGAGUACAACCCCAAGAACACCAUCCCAACCGUGAAGCAUGGAGGUGGAAACAUCAUUCUUUGGGGAUGCUUUUCUGCAAAGGGGACAGGACGACUGCACCGUAUUGAGGGGAGGAUGGAUGGGGCCAUGUAUCGCGAGUUCUUGGCCAACAACCUCCUCAGUAAGAGCAUUGAAGAUGGGUCGUGGCUGGGUCUUCCAGCAUGACAACGACCCGAAACACACAGCCAGGUCAAAUAAGGAGUGGCUCCGUAAGAAGCAUCUCAAGGUCCUGGUGUGGCCUACCCAGUCUCCAGACCUGAACCCAAUAGAAAAUCUUUGGAGGGAGCUGAAAAUCUGUAUUGCCCAGUGACAGCCCCGAAACCUGAAGGAUCUGGAGAAGGUCUGUAUGGAGGAGUGGGCCAAAAUCCCUGCUGCAGUGUGUGCAAACCUGGUCAAGACCUACAGGAAACGUAUGAUCUCUGUAAUUGCAAACAAAGGUUUCUGUACCAAAUAUUAAGUUCUGCUUUUCUGAUGUAUCAAAUACUUAUGUCAUGCAAUAAAAUGCAAAUGAAUUACUUAAAAAUCAUACAAUGUGAUUUUCUGGAUUUUUGUUUUAGAUUCUGUCUCUCAUAGUUGAAGUGUACCUAUGAUAAAAAUUACAGACCUCUACAUGCUUUGUAAGUAGGAAAACCUGCAAAAUCGGUAGUGUAUCAAAUACUUGUUCUCCCCACUGUAUAUAUAUAUAUAUAUAUAAAUCCUACUACAUUUCUACAUCUCUCAGAACAGAAGCGCUUAUUUUCAUAUUUAUUAUUGGCAGGGUUGUAUUUUGUAUGUUUUGAAACAAAUGACCCUGUUGACUGCGUACUGUAAUUGGACUUAAUUUCUGAAGGUAAAUUAAUUAAGCCUUACUCAGGGAAAAUAACAUAACGUACCAAUUCUUCAGCAUAUUUUCCUGUUGACUGAGCCAGAAAUUCAGUUGAUGCCAGCAUUAUUUACCUUGCCUACAGUAAAUAUAAAAUAUUGAGAAAAUAAAUAAAGUUAGAGGAAGCAAAGAGGGAGAGAGAGAGAGAGAGAGAGAGAGAGAGAGAGAGAGAGAGAGAAGGAGACAGAGAGAGAGAAAACUGAAUUUAAAAAAAACUUUUAUUUGCACAAUUCACAUAGCGAGAGAGAGAGGGAGAAGGAGAGCUGAGAGAGCCUUGAGGGUUUAAUGCUGGUCAAGACUCUCGCUAAGCUCCCACAGUACUGGUCUUGUGGAGGUCUGUGAGUAAUUGUGCCUUAAAGGGGAACAACGGUAAAUUUCCGAAAUGUGUCUAAGUGCCUAAACCUCUCUGACUUAGUGUUGGCCUGUCUGUCAAAGUGUGCACCUCUCUCACUCAAGGAGAGUGAGGUAGCGCUAAAGCGAGAGCUAUGCCACAAGGUUAUGCGCCCCUCCCACUCACUGCAGCACUAGAUAGAACUUUGUGGAAUACAGCAAAUCUACAAAAAUAAAUCAACCUUCUGUCACAGUGAACAUACUAAAUUCGGGAAGCCCAAUCGAUUGUGAGAUACGACAUAUACAUUUUAUGUGAUACAUUUGGGUCACAGGUUCACAAUUUUACCUUUUGAGAUCUGCAGGAAACAGCUUACUGCAUAUGCGUGUGCAACAACACUCCUCAUAAACACAACACUUUCACCAGCAGUUUUCAAAAUAUAGCAGACUUCACCCAACACAACACAACACGCCUUUUACUAUAGGCCUAUUGUCACAAGCCAUUUCUUUCUUUCAAUGCCUUUCUCUGUAGCCUAAACCAAGCAGAAAAUGUGCGAGUCCCGUGUCAGAGGAAGGCCCUAAAAAUUGCCAAAGACUCCAGCCACCCUAGUCAUAGACUCUCUCUCUGCUACCGCACAGCAAGCGGUACCGGAACGUCAAGUCUAGGUCCAAAAGGCUUCUUAACAGCUUCUACCCCAAGCCAUAAGACUCCUGAACAGCUAAUCAAAUGGCUACCCAGACUAUUUUUUAUUGUUUUUUAUUUGAACUCACAUAACUUUAGCGCUCGAGAAAUGUAUACUGAAGCAAACAUUUCACCUACCUUUUAGAUAAGAAAAUAUCUGCAUAUCUUUCUGUCAUGUCAACCAUCCAUCCAAAUCAAAUAAUUCCAUGUGUCCGAUUGGAGAAACCACUUCAAACACUGGCUACACACAUCCGUGUCUUCCUGUUUUAAAGCUUAACAAAUAUGAAACAUGCAAAAAUCUCUUACUACAUUUCCCCAUUCCCUUUACAUUUUACAUUGUAAGCUGUUCAGUUUGCCCUUUUUCUGAUUUGAUUAUAAAGAGAAAAGGGGGAAAAAAACAUUGUGGGAAUUGAUUUGAUGUUUAAUAAAACACAACGUAAAUUAUGCGGGGAACAUUAUGCAACCUAGCAGCAGCAGUAGUGUUGGGAGGCUGGCCCACCCCUGCCGUCAGCUUAUCAAUAUCCCUGUUUAGUCCGCAGCCAUAAGAAUUUCUAUGAAUUUUUUUAAUGUUCUCCCUGGGGUGGCUCACCCCAGGGAGAACAUUAAAAAAAUUCAUAGAAAUUCUUAUCAGUUUGUUGUGUUGGCCCUAUUGAUUGGCGCUCGCUAGGUGUUAGCUAGGUAGGCACAGAGGAGUUCCAAUGGCUUUCUCUAGCUGCCCAAUCCUAGUAUGUCAAGGCAUCUAGUACUGCAUCUUUCUGGACCCUAAGAGUCACUAAGGUGUCAGCUAAUGGGGAUCCAAAUAAAGAACAAAGAAUAAUUGUCCUACUCUAUACUCUAAGUUUGUCCUUGCUUCCAGGGUGGUUCCUGAUCUCAUUCAGCCAGACUGGAUGCUCUUGGAAUGAAGGACAGUUUAUUUUGUUGUCCUGUCUGACCUCGGACAGAGAGGAAGGGACAGAAAGAGAGGAGAGAGAAACUAUCUGUAGGACACAGAAACUCAACAAAUAAUUUAGAUUAGUGGUCGUCACUCAAAGUGGAUGGCUGGCCACUAUCUAUAUCUAUAUCUAUAUUGAUAUUGAUUUACUGCACAGAGCACUUGAAUGGACCAGAUAACUGUGAUUACCCAAUUCAUUACCGUGGGCUUGGAGAGUGGACCAAAAUGAGAUAAAAGGAUAGGGGGAUAGGAAGAGGAGACAGGGUUACCUAGAACUACAUGUUACAGGUCAGUGUCUCUGUUCUGCUCUGAGCAGCCUACCAUGGAGAUUACGGCUGUGUCCCAAAUGGCACCGUAUUCCCUUUAUAGUGCACUACUUUUGACCUGGGAAUAGGGUGCCAUUUGGGACAUAGUCCAUAUUCUCUUUUUAUAUAAAGUUUCAAAGCUGUUUUCAGAUACAUAUACAGCAAUAGAUCACUUUAUUUUCUUAGUUUACAAUCAUAAAUGUGAGGUUAGUUAAUUAUUUUGUCAUGUAUUUGAUUUCUUGUAAACUUUAUGCCUGGAGACAGCUGGAGGAAGGCAGAACAUAGAAGCCUGUUUCUAAUUUUAAGGGGAAAAUGUUAUUUCUCAAGCGCUGCCUUUUCAGUUUUUCUUCAAGCGACGCCGCAUCCAAUGGAUCUUAAGAAAGCUUCAGUUUUAGUUUGAUGAAAAACAAAACUGUAAUCUGUCUGAAGGAAGGCAAACACUCAGACAGAACAGUACAGAGAGAGGGACUGAUGUUUUUGCCUGUCAUAAAGGACAGCUUUUUAGCUCUCUCUCUCUCUCUCUCUCUCUCUCUCUCUCUCUCUCUCUCUCUCUCUCUCUCUCUCUCUCUCUCUCCUCUCUCUCUCUCUCUCUCUCUGUCUCUGUCUCUGUCUCUGUCUCUGUCUCUGUCUCUGUCUCUCUCUGUCUCUCUCCCUCUCAUCUGACAAACAACUCUAGUUAUCAGGCCUCAGAAUACAGCUUGUCUCUUACACGAUUCUGUUAAUAGCCUUUUUUAUGAGAUCAAUAAAUGUUUACGGCUACCUUUUGAUAUGUAUUAUAAUAACAUUUGUUCAAUGUAGUUUGUUGCAAAAUGUAUUAAUAUUCAACCCCAGUAUAUCCAUGACAUAACAAUAUAUCUGAUGAUUUUGAGGAAUUGUAGUCAUUUGUAGCAAACACAUUUGUUACACUACUCUGUUGUGGGUCAUUCAAAUAGUAGGAGUCAUGUAUAGGUUUGUAAUGAGACACUCACCCCAAUCUCCCUCUCCUCUCCCUGUGCUCUCAUCUCAUCUUCCAUUUCUUCCUCAUAUCGCUCUCUCUCUCUCUCUCUCUCUCUCUCUCUCUCGCUCUCUCUCUCUCUCUCGCUCUCUCGCUCCCUCUCCUCUCCCUGUGCUCUCAUCUCAUCUUCCAUUUCCUCCUCAUAUCGCUCUCUCUCUCUCGCUCUCUCUCUCUCAAUUUCAAUUCAAUUUCAAUUGAAGGGCUUUAUUGGCAUGGGAAAUGUAUGUUAACAUUGCCAAAGCAAGUGAAGUAGAUAGUAAACAAAAGUGAAAUAAACAAUAAAUAUUAACAGUAAACAUUACACUCAGAAGUUCCAAAAGAAUAAAGACAUUUCAAAUGUCAUAUUAUGUAUAUAUACAGUGUUGUAACAAUGUACAAAGUACAAAUGGGAAAAUAAAUAAACAUAAAUAUGGGUUGUAUUUACAAUGGUGUUUGUUCUUCACUGGUUGCCCUUUUCUUGUGGUAACAGACAGUAAUACGAAUCAUUUUGUUACCUCUACUACAGAGGGAGAGGAGGGGAGAAGAGCAGGAGGAGAGCAGAGGGGAGGAGAUGGGGAGUGUUUCUGUGGCUGAGUCUGGGCCUAUAUAUGUUUGAAACAGGAAUGUGAAUAUGAGAAGUGACAAGGGAAAGACAGGAUACAAUAGCCUGCAGGUAAAUUACUUAAUUAGUGAAGUGACAUUUUAAUUGAGCAUCUAGAAAGGUUCAAAGUGUACUUGGGAGAGGGAGGAAGAAGUUUCAAUUAAAUUAUGAUCCGUUUUUGAUUGACACAGCAGGUUCAGUCAGUAAUACGAAUCAUUUUGUUACCUCUACUACAGUAGUUACUCAAACUGACCUAUCCUUGGUUUGUGUGUGACUUUUUGGAUUUUGAUGCCAUUUUAAAAACUGCACUCUGUCCUUUGUUUGCAGGGUAUAGAACUGGUUCACAUCUAGCCUUUUAUAAGAGCACUAUUACAUGCUCCCUCCCUCUCAAUUUUCAAUUUCAAUUUAAGGGCUUUAUUUUGAUGGGAAACAUAUGUUUACAUUGCCAAAGCAAGUGAAAUAGAUAAUAAACAAAAGUGAAGCAAACAAUAAAAGAUUAACAGUAAACAUUACACUCACAAAAGUUCCAAAAUAAUAAAGACAUGUCAAAUGUCAUAUUAUGUCUAUAUACAGUGUUAUAAUGAUGUGUAAAUAGUUUAAGUACAAAAUGAAAAAAAAUGAAACAUAAAUAUAGGUUGUAUUUACAAUGGUGUUUGUUCUUCACUGGUUGCCCUUUUCUUGUGGCAACAGGUCACAAAUCUUGCUGCUGUGAUGGCACACUGUGGUUUUUCACCCAGUAGAUAAGGGAGUUUAUCAAAAUUGGGUGUUUUUUUCGAAUUCUUUGUGGGUCUGUGUAAUCUGUGGGAAGUAUGUGUCUCUAAUAUGGUCAUACAUUUGGCAGGAGGUUAAGAAGUGCAGCUCAGUUUCCACUUCAUUUUGGGGGCAGUGUGCACACUCUCUCUGUCUUUCUCUCUCUCGAAACCAUACCUACCACCACCCAUCACUCUAAUGAAUAGUGAUGCCGUGUUAAUAGUGUGGGAUUAUAUUUCAGACCUCUGCUACUAACACUCCCUUUCAAAGUCAUUACUAGCUCAUCAGCAGCUCUGGUCCCAGCCCUCAGCAUCAACAUCUCUCUGGUGGGUGGAUCUCAAGACUUUACCUGAGCUACUGGCCUAUGAGCCUCAGCCUCCCCUGCCCUACUGUCCAAUGGCUGAGUAGAGACAGAGGGAGUGGGUGUGAUGCCUGAACCACACAGUGUAUCAUAUCCUCUAGCUUUCUACUGCCUUUACUCAGACCACACUGCAGUAGGCCCUACGCUACUUCUGUACUAGCCCCAGUAUGCUCCUUUACCCAGGUUCAUAAUACACUCCUAUUGACUCCUGUGGAAAAUAGAGCCUUGCUCCACCUCUGAACCAUGGACCACAUACUGUAGAGACACAGCCGAGGCAGCAGUCUCCACUUAAAACCCUGUGUGUGUGCCUGUGUCCAUUUAAAACCCUGCUUGGCUGCCUUUCUGCUAUGUGACUGUCUCGAGGCUCCAGGCUCCAGGCUCUUUCAUUAUGGGCCGUCAGAGAGCCAGUGAGUAGGGCUGCGGAGGCCAGGGUAGCAGCUAACACGGAGCACAAGGUCAGGGCCAUGUAAUACCAUUACACAAUCACACUGGCCCAGAGAGAGAGAGAGAGGGAGAGGGCGGGAGGAGAGACAGAGAAAGGGUGGGAGAGAUAGAGACGGAGAGAGGGGGAGGGAGGGAGAGAGAGAGAGAGAAAAGGAGCGAGAAGGAGUAGCACUAGGACAUGACUUUAAAAGACACUACAGCACAUGUCAAACUCAUUCCACAGAGGGCAGAGUGUCUGCGGGUUUUCACUUCUCCCUUGUACUUGAUUGAUAAAUGAAGGUCACUGAUUAGUUAGGAACUCCCCUGGUUGUUUAGGUCUUAAUUGGACACAUUGAAAGUAGAAACCAAAAACCAGCAGACACUCAGCCCUCCAUGGAAUGAGUAACACCCCUGCACUACAGCAUCAGAGAGUCAAUGCUAAGGUAGUUAGGGGCCAGAUGAAAGGAGAUACCUAGUCAGUUGCAAAACUGAAUGCAUUCAACCGAAAUGUGUCUUCUGCAUUUAACCCAAACCCUCUGAAUCAGAGAGGUGCAGGGGGCUGCCUUAAUUGACGUCAUCGGCACCAGUGGAACAGUUGUUGUUGGGGGUUAACUGCCUUGCUCAAGGGCAGAACAGUCAAUUUUUUUCACCUUCCCGGCUCGGGGAUUCAAACCAGCGACUUUUCAGUUACUGGCCCAAUGCUCUUAACCGCUAGGCUAGGUCAGCGUAUCAAAGAAUGUAGCCAGACCCCAGUCCUCCAGAUCCCAGUGUAGCUGCCUCCAGGUCAGCCUGAGCACCGACCGGUGUUAUUCAUUAAAGGAUAAUGGUUACCGGUUGGGAAAAAAUUACACAAGCCUCCCUCCACUUCAGAUGUUAGGGUCAGAGCUGAGGGGCGAAGGUGAGGGAUUUGUUGGCAUGCAGUUGUGCCAGGUCCAAUUAGCAUCUCUUGUUGUGUUGAAUUACAUUGAAUUACAGCUCAGUGGCAUGUAAUGUCAUGUGUGUUUUUCCCAUCCUUUUUCCCAUUCAUCGAACUGGAGUUUAACCCUUUAGGAACUAGUAUGUGUUUCAGUCAGUCAUGGCAGUGUUUUGGUGCAUUUGCCACACCCAGUUUGGUGCUGCUGGAAACAGCUGCUGGCUCAGUGGGGGUUAAGGCCCACUGUGUGUGUGUGUGUUUUAGGGGUUUAGAUAAGCAGAGCCAUCUGAGGCAGGGGGUGGCAGGUAAACAGGGCUAGCUGAGCUGCAGAACGUCUUCCCUCUCCCCUUGUGUGGGUUUAGCUGACUGACUGCCUGGAGGUUACCUGGUGACUGGUGUCAACCUCCUCCCCUGAAGGUCCAGGCUCCUAUCAACAUCAGCAGCAUGGACAGUUCCCUCAGGAGGACAACGCUAUGGCUGCACUGCUGUUAGCUAUGGCUGCACUCAGUCUGUUUGGGUUUCACAAACCUCCAUUUCCAGGCUUCCUCAUGAUUAGGUUACCAAGACUUAGGAGUAUGGUAACCUAGACUAGGGUUUCACUGUCUCAGGGUGUGUUCUGGUUCUUGGAUAUCCCUGAAUUUAUUGUGGGUUUCUCAUUAUCUACAUAUCUGUUACUGACAUCAUGUAGGAAAUAGGAUAUGACUAGUAGAAGGUCCUUGAUCAUGCCUUCUAAAAUUAUUUAUAUCACCAAUUCUCUUUCAUAUGAUAACAGUGCCACUGGGGGAGAGUUUACAUGUCUGUUUCACUCAAUUACUUGUCUCUUACAUUUUAGUCAUUUAGUAGAUGCUCUUAUCCAGAGCAAAACAUUUUUGUUAUGUUGUGCACUAAUGAAUAUGGGCCAGGUAUGCAGUGUAGUGUCUGUGGGGUGAUGGGUCUGAAAGCUGUGGUGUGGAUCAGAUAGCAGACCUGGCUCCCUGGGCGUCUCUGGUGAAAGGGGAUAGGGCAGAUGUUUGGGCUGAGCUAGGCAGGAGUGCUGUCCUCUUUAAAUAACACACACUUGAACAAAGUGUUGCUGAUCAGAUUAACUGGGCUGCCUAGGAUCAGGUUUCUACUGGUUUCCUUGCUGCUUCCCGCACUGUCUGAGGUUAGAAUCUAGCAUGUUAGCACUCCUAUCAAUAUCACUGUCUGUCCUAGCAGCCUUUUCAUUGAGUUAAGCAUCUAGCACCCAUAUCAUUACAUUACACUAUUGAAAACAAAAUACAACAAUGUUAAAAAGUAACAACACUUAAGAGUUUUACAUUUUUCAUUUGUACAUAGCAUUAAAUGGAAUAACAUGCCAUAGAUUUAGGAUGUUUUAUCUGCUUUUAAAUGUGACUAUUUCACCUUGAUAUACAGUUGAAGUCGGAAUUUUACAUACACUUAGGUUGGAGUCAUUAAAACUCGUUUUUUUCAACCACUCCACAAAUUUCUUGUUAACAAACUAUAGUUUUGGCAAGUUGGUUAGGACAUCUACUUUGUGCAUGACACAAGUAAUUUGUCCAACAAUUGUUAACAGACAGAUUAUUUCACUUAUAAUUUACUGUAUCACAAUUCCAGUGGGUCAGAAGUUUACAUACACUAAGUUGACUGUGCCUUUAAACAGCUUGGAAAGUUCCAGAAAAUGAUGUCAUGGCUUUAGAAGCUUCUGGUAGACUAAUUGACAUCAUUUGAGUCAAUUGGAGGUAUACCUGUGGAUGUAUUUCAAGGCCUACCUUCAAACUCACUUCCUCUUUGCUUGACAUCAUGGGAAAAUCAAAAGAAAUCAGUCAAGACCUCAGGAAAAAAAUGGUAGACCUCCACAACUCUGGUUCAUCCUUGGGAGCAAUUUCCAAACGCCUGAAGGUACCACGUUCAUCUGUACAAAUAAUAGUAUGCAAGUAUAAACACCAUGGGACCAUGCAGCCGUCAUACCGUUCAGGAAGGAGACGCGUUCUGUCUCCUAUAGAUUAACGUACUUUGGUGAGAAAAGUGCAAAUCAAUCCCAGAAAAACAGCAAAGGACCUUGUGAAGAUGCUGGAGGAAACAGGUACAAAGUAUCUAUAUCCACAGUAAAACGAGUCCUAUAUCGACAUAACCUGAAAGGCCGCUCAGCAUGGAAGAACCCACUGCUCCAAAACCGCCACUACGGUUUGCAACUGCACAUGGGGACAAAGAUCGUACUUUUUGGAGAAAUGUCCUCUUGUCUGAUGAAACAAAAAUAGAACUGUUUGGCCAUAAUGACCAUCGUUAGGUUUGAAGGCAAAGGGGGGUAACUUGCAAGCCGAACAACAUCAUCCCAACCGUGAAGCACGGGGGUGGCAGCAUCAUGCUGUGGGGGUGCUUUGCUGCAGGAGGGAAUGGUGCACUUCACAAAAUAGAUGGCAUCAUGAGGAAGGAAAAUUAUGUGGAUAUAUUGAAGCAACAUCUCAAGACAUCAGUCAGGAAGUUAAAGCUUCGUCGCAAAUGGGUCUACCUAAUAGACAAUGACCCCAAGCAUACUUCCAAAGUAGUGGCAAAAUGGCUUAAGGACAACAAAGUCAAGGUAUUUGAGUGGCCAUCACUAAGCCCUGACCUCAAUCCUAUAGAAAAUUUGUGGGCAGAACUGAAAAAGUGUGUGCGAGCAAGGAGGCCUACAAACCUGACUCAGUUACACCAACUCUGUCAGGAGGAAUGGGCCAAAAUUCACCAAACUUAUUGUGGGAAGCUUGUGGAAGGCUACCCGAAACUUUUGACCCAAGUUAAACAAUUUAAAGGCAAUGCUACCAAAUACUAAUUGAGUGUAUGUAAACUUCUGACCCACUGGGAAUGUGAUGAAAGAAAUACAAGCUGAAAUAAAUCAUUCUCUCUACUAUUAUUCUGACAUUUCACAUUCUUAAAAUAAAUCCUAACUGACCUAAGACAGGGAAUUAUUACUAGGAUGAAAUGUCAGGAAUUGUGAAAAACUGAGUUUAAAUGUAUUUGGCUAAGGUGUAUGUAAACUUCCGACUUCAACUGUAGUAACAACUCUUCUAUGACUCUAAUCCUCAGUCAGAGCAAGUUAACAGUGCAGUAGUAGGGGCAGGACACUGCAAACUGCAGAGAAUGUCCUAACAAAAGUAUAGUCAAGGGCGACAUUAUUUUACCAACCAAAGAGAGGAAAGAGAUUCUAAAAUAAUAUAGACCUUGGGGACUGAAUGCGGAACAAUGGCAGUAGCAGAAUGACUCCGCUCCAGCUGUAGCAGUGAGUAGUUGUGGGUUGUGGUGUAUGUGGAUACUGUUGUUGUGUUUCACAUUGUGUGACAGAGGAAAAUGUUUCUGUUCUCUCAACCUGAUGACUUCCUCCUUCAAAGAACAGCUGAUCAUUGACAAAACAUCAGCGGAAGAAACAAUAUAAUACCAGCGAAGCAGCCUGCUUCACUCUGUCUGCAUCACUCUGUUUCUUUCACUCUUGCUCUCUCUAAUUCUUACUUUCUUUGUUUUUCUCUCUAUCUACUUCUCCUUUGGUUUCUUAUAUUUUGUGCUGUCUGUACCUAUCUGUCUCUGGUCACUCUUUCUUCUUCUCCCCCCCUUCUCUCUCUGCGGCUAAAUCUGUGAUCCUGCCAGGCCAAGCCACAAUCCCAUAUAAGGCUGGUGGAAGCCUCCAUCUGCACUUACAUUUCCAUAUCAGAUCAGCAGUAAGAGACAGGGUUUACACAGGAUCAACAGAUGAAUGUUACUCUAAACCCUCUCCUCUGCUCCAAUAUGGUUCACUGAUCCUGCCUUCCCCAAGUAACCAGGUUAGUUCUCCCUCCUGUCUCCCCCUUUCCUACUUCCUCCCUCCUCCCACAUCCUCCCACCUUCCUCCCUAUUCCUUCCUCUUACCAGGGCACACAUCCAUAAUACCCACCAGGUCUAAUCCAGUGAACCAAUAGUCAGGCGGUAGUGCACUUUAAUGUAACAUCCUAUCUGAAGACAUGGCAACGUAGCCGCAGACAUCCCAACGAAGCCCUGCUAUCCAUCUAAAGGGAUGGGAAAACAAAAGGCACAAUAAAGCCAUCCAGUACAGAUCUGGAACAAAACAAUGUAAAGGGAACAAAAAAGACAGCUGCGGUUUGGCUAACAGGUCCAUUAACUUUUUAAAGCAUUCUCUCUCUCUCCCACUCUCUCUCUCGUGUGCUCAUUGGCCCUGUUCUUCAUUACAGUUUGAUGUUUCUACAGGCUUUUCCCCCCACCGAGCUUUAAUAUUUUCCUGUGUGUGUGGUUUGGUUUGUUGUCGUUUUGAGUCUGGUUCUGAUUAGCCUCGCUCUCCCCAAAGCUUUCCUUUAUUGCCACAUUUGGGGUCGAGCUGGCACUGGAACCCCCUAAUGCCUCUCAUCCCAGGCAAUAAUUGUUUCAAGAGGCUGGCAGACUUGGUCCUCUCUCUCUCUCUCUCUCUCAUCUCUAUAUCUCUAUCUCUCUAUCUCUAGCUCGAGCUCUCGAUCUAAUAGCUCUAUAUCGCUAUAUCGCUCUCUCGUCGUUAUCUAUUCUCUCUCUAUCCUCUCCCUCUCUCUCUCUUAUUCCUCUCUCGCUCUCUAUUCUCUCUCUCUCUCUCUCUCUCUCUCUCUCUCUCUCGCGCACCCGAUCUCUCUCUCUCUCUCUCUCUCUCUCUCUCUUCUCGCUCUCUAUCCCCUCUCUCUCUCUCUCUCUCUCUCUCUCUCUCCUGAUCCCUCUCCUUUUCCUCUCUCUCGCUUCCUCUGUCUCUCUCUACCUGGACUUGUCAGGAAUGGAGAAGAGGAGAAGAGAAGAGAGGAGAACAGAGCAGAUAUAAAAGGGCCCAGCUCCUGUGGGACCUAUAGAGCUCAUUAACCUGCACAUAUCUACAUCCCUCCACCAGAGACUCCAGGCUCCAAAGGGAACCACAACCUCUCCUCUCAUCUACUCUCUCUUCAUCUGACUCAAAUACACUGGUCAUUAUACAGAGCCUUACCUGCUUGUACUGGCCUUGGUUGGAGUUUAGAGUGCAGAUGCCAUUUUUCUAGAUGUGUUGAUCUCUCUGUCAUGUUGGGUGUUCCAAAUGUAACAUGAACACUGAACAUUGGAAUAAUGACACCCACGCUCUGUCUGCACGUGUGGCAGGCAGUCUAGUCUAUGAAUAACAACUAGUCUGAGGAAGAGCAAUGUUGUGUGGAAACAAAGCAGUAACUCUAAUGCAUGUUAAGCCUAGGUGCAGUAUCAUAUAGGCCCAGUACCAAACCUCAGAUUUGGAAGAGUCUCUUUCCUGGAUAUUAUUAUUAUAAUUUAUAUUUUUUUAACAGUUUAGUCAUUUAGCAGACGCUCUUAUCCAGAGCGCAUACAUUUUCAUAUUUGAUUCGUACUGGUCCCCCGUGGGAAUCGAACCCACAACCCUGGCAUUGCAAGUGCCAUUCUCUACCAACUGAGCCACACGGCUCAGUAUGUAUCACAAUGUACAUUGAGAGUAAUUGCCAGUGAAAAGCCUAAAUCUUGUUUGGGUGAGCGUGGCAUCCUUAAUCCCUGUAGAGUGCUCUACUCUGGGCUGGGCUGGGUUGGGUUGGGCCAGCUGGCUGUGUUUGGCUAAUCUUCUUGCGGGGGCUUAGCCCCUCUGAAGUCUCCUGAGCCCAUCUGAAAUGGAGAGAACUCCCGAUAAGCACCAACUGAAUGGCCCGAACACAGAACAAAUAAAACGCUUUACAUUGGGAGAAUGAAAGAGUGUGAGGAGAGCUUGCACUGCUCUCUCUCGCUCUAUCAUCCUGUGUUUGUUUGUGUGUGUUUGUGUGAGUGUGUGUUUGUGUGUGUGUGUGUGUGUGCGUGCGUGCAUGCUUGUGUGUGAGUACAACCAUGUGUGAGCGGGAGGCAGACCAACAAGAGCCGAAGAGUCAUGGCGACCUGGAACGUUCUGUAAAGACUCUUUUUACUCUCUUCAAAUAUCUUCAACACUUUCUCUUUCUCUUUCCCCCUUCUCUCCCUCCCUCCUCUCUCCAUCUCUCACUCUCCGUCUUCUCCUCUUUUGUUCCUUUUCUCUCUCUCUCACAUUCUCUACCCUGUUUGUAAUGCUACAAAAUAUUAGCAUAUCUUUGCCGUAAAGAGACUUCAUCUUCAAAUGGGUUGUUAAUGGUCCCACUGGCCUCCCCCUUAUGUGCCUGAGCUUCUUAUCUUAAUCCAGGAGGGACCCUAUGGGGCAGUAAGCAUGUCCCAUACGACACUCUGCCCCUGGCCCCUGCCUCAGAGGUGUGUGGGGCUUUAUGGAAGCCAAGGGAAGGGAAAGCAGAAGUGUAUAUUAAAGCAUGGGAGGGGAACGACAGGGCUUUAUUUGAAGCAGGAGAAAGUUUAUUUGUUUGAGGAGCUGGGAGGCUGGAGUGAGGGGGGAGAGGGAUCUGGUUCUUUAUGAGACUGGUAUUAAGUGUCAGCUGGAGUUUUGAUGUGAAGGUGUGUGUUUUUGGAGGGGGGGGUGGGUUACGUGAGUGUUUGUGUCCACUAGCUAGUGCGUGUGUGUAUGUGUGCCUGUGUGCAUGUACAGUACACGUGUGUCUGUGUGUGUGUGUUUCUCUCUCUCUGUGUCAGGUGUCUAGAGUUACCGUCGAGGUGAGGAGGAAACAGGGGAACAGGCUCUCUGAGCAGGCAGCUGCAGAGUGAGAUCACACAGACCCCUUCUGACAAAACACCCCGAACAGCUGAGUGGGCUCUGGUUGCACCCCUGUACCUCAACUGUCUGGCUAGAGGGGGGAAGUCCACUCCAAGUGUCGACAAUGUUACAACGUGUGAAUGAAGCUGUAGUCUUAAUGUUACAAUCUGUGUUUACCUUUCUCCUCUCAACUGCUCUGUUCAGGAAGUGAGCUGUUCAUUAGAUUAAUGGUGAGGCCUAGUGUGUUUAGACAUCAUAUACCCAGUUCAUUUAACACCAGGACAGAUUCUACAUAACAUUUCCUUCCUAGUUCUGUUCAAGUAGCCAUAAUUCAGAUUACAUUUACAAUUUUUGUCAUUUAGCAGACAUUCUUAUCCAGGACGAUUUACAUUAGUGCAUUUCUGUCUGCCUGCCUGCUCAUCCUUCCCUUGUUUUAACUUAAGCCCAUUUGGUUGGAUUGAAUUUUCGUUUUGGUCAUGAUGGUAAUUGACUUAAAGGGUGAGUUGCAAGGAUAGUUAGUCAGAGGAUGUUGUCUCAUGGUCAGACUGGCCACUGUCAUACUAGGAGCCAACAGAACAGUACACGGUCCUAUCCAUUGUUUACACUACAAACAUCAGUACUGUUGCAUGACUCUGUUCUAUAUUAAUCUUUAAGCCCGGAUCCGUAGUUGCAUUUCACAACAGAAGCCGCCCCACUGCUUGUGUAGUGAGAGAGAAAAAAUAUGAGUUUGAACGAAAACAUGGUGGUUUGGCCCAGCCAUAGCUGCUGGGCUGGCCUUGGGGAAAGGUGUGUCUUUGCGCUAAAUCCCACCCUUGAGAACAACCUUCAUUGUGCCUCGCUGUAGGAGCCAAUGGAGCUCAACUGCUACUACUGUCGCUAG